UUGGUACACUUAUAUAUAGUACAACAAUAAAUUACAUUGGGAUCGCAGUACAAUUGUAACUGACCAGCAGUGCAUUCAAGAUCUAUUUAAUAGUUGAUAAAAUUUCUAAAAUUCAUCGAACUUGGAAAACCAGACGGUUUCGGAGCGAUUUCUUCACAAAACCUGCACUUUCGUACGACUUUAGCCUUCCGCACACAGAUUCUGGUCUUUUUAUGAGUGCAGCACCCCUGGAAAUCAUAAUAUUUACGAAAUAUUUCGAGUUGGCAUUUUUAGUGUUGAUUUUGACUUUAGUAAACGGCACAAGAUAUUUGUUAUUUGCUGAUUUACUGUUUUAACUUUAAUCCACACUGGAUAUAUACACUCAAAAUAAGUGUAUAUAUUUCUAGUUCGUUGAAACAAAAUGGCCGAUCAAGGAGAUCAAUAUCCAACUGAGAAAAUGUACCCAGCUCCAGCACCACCCCCCUAUUUUCAAGGAGCGAUGCCAAUGCAGCAAUACCCACCCAUGCCAAGUUUUGCGGAAUCUCCACCCAUGCAGCCCCUUGCGACGGCACCACCGCCACCACCGGUAACUUUCCAGCCAGUACAGACCCCUGUUAUUAUUCCCCGCGUGCAUGAACCCGUCGUCAUCGACUGCCCCCACUGCCGAGCUAAAAUCACGACUUCCGUUCGAUACGGUAUUGGAAUGAUGGUUCACCUUUUCGCAGUUGUGCUCUGCUUCUUUGGGUGCUGGCCAUGCUGUCUCAUUCCCUAUUGCCUGGACCCGUGCAAGGACACAACUCACGAAUGCCCUGCGUGUGGACGACACCUUAGCGUCGUCAAACGCCUUUAAGCUUCUGAUAAAUCUAGAUCUUUCAGGAAAUCAACACUUUCAGUCCAAUUUCUUUAAAAAAAUGGACAAUUUUGAAUAAAAUCGUGUUAAACGAAUAUAAAUAAAAAAAAGUUGCGUCAAACCACUGACACACACAGGUAUUUUGAGGCGUUCUAGAGAUAUCCUGCCUGCAGACGGACGGACGGACAUAACGAUCACAUUAAGCAAGUUAAUAAUGAUUAUCCAAAUUCAUUCCAGCUUGAUUUGAAUGUGGACCUAAAAAAUGUGCUUUACAAAAUUAAAAAUCAGCCCAUUGCAUAUUACAUACAAAGUUAGCAUUUUUCGUGUUGAUUACUAUAAUUUUGACAUUAGUUAACGGGACAAAUGUUAAAAAUUUUUUCUUAAAACCUUACGAAAGUUUUCUAGUUCUUCUCCAAUUAAAAAAGUGUAGCGUGGGAAUUUGUUGAAUUGUGGAAUUUGUUGAAUUGUGGAAUUUGUAGCAGAAACAAAAAUUAAGAAGAUUUAUGUUAAAGUUUUAAUAGAUAUCUGGUAGUGUUUAACGCCAACUGCUAAAUGUUUACAGAAAAAGUUAAACUAAAAAGGACAAAGAUGAGAUUCUUGAGUCCCGGAAUUAGAAGAAAUAAUUUUUCUGGCAUAUUUCAUUGUUACUACAAUUAUGAACCAUAAGUCGUGACAGGAUUUGGAAUUGACACGUGAUUUGUAUUGUUAUCACUCUUUCUUGUCGAUAGUCAAAUUUGUAGUGUUUCUCAACGGGUACAAAAUCCUUCAUCCGAACCCGAACCCGAACCCGAUACCAUCUACCCGAAUCCGAUAAAUACCCGAACCCGAUAAUCCGAUUUGUUUGGAGAACGAUCCGAAUCCGAACCCGAACCCGAUACACUCCAUCCGAACCCGAACCCGAUACACUCCAUCCGAACCCGAACCCGAAACCCGAUAAGUACCCGAUAAGUAUAAAAUAAUUUCAUAAGCUCAUUUGUGUAUUAAUGAAUUUGUUUCCCAAUUAUUGUUUAAACUGUUAAUAACAAAUCGCAACUUCGAGCUUCAAUUUUAUAACUUCUAUUUGUGUUAAAAAAGAAACCAACCUUCUACUGCAUAAAUUUUUGUUUCUUCCCCUAAUAUUAUCCAUCACUCAUGGUUAUUAUUACUAUCCUGUUGUUUCCUCUUUGGCAUCCAACCGUGCACCACGUAUCUCUCUCUCGCUCUGCAACUGGAUCCUCUUCCAUCUGGGUCGCGGGUGUGCCAGGGCAAGUAAAGUGUGUCCCAAGGCCUUAUCGCCAUGUGAGCACUCACACCCCCACCUGCGUGCCUGGUGACACCCCCUGCCACACCCGUCCCAGCAACGACAAGCUGAGCCAUCAGGCGAAGAUGGAUUCGCCGGACCCAGUGCACGGGAGGAUCUACGCCAUGGAGGACUCCCCCAGGUAGGUCAUUGUUUGGUAUAUCGGGGUAGUGACCGUGGGGGUGGUUGGUGGAAGAGUGAGGACGGGGUCGUGCAUGGCGGUGGGCAGCGUAGUCGGGCCUACGGGGGUCCCAUGACCCGGUUGUGUUGUGAGGAGUGGGUGAAGGGGCAAGUGGGUAGUGUCGUUCGGCCCUGGUCACACUGUGUGACCGUGAAGGGGACACGUAGCCCGAACCCGAAAGGGUGCUAGGGUAUUUCGUGGUCCGUGGACACCCCGCCCAACAACCUUCGCUCGUCUUGCUUCCGCCUUCCCGACGCCGUCCUCAUUUGGAUAUCACCACUAUCUCUCGGGAUCUGCCUAUGAUCCCUAUCACUCAUUUGUCCUGCCUGGGUGUCUGUAGUCGGAGCCGAAUGGACCUCUGGGCCACAUUCCCAGAGGUGAUAGUGGUUUUCCUAGCUCUCCACCAUAGCUAGGUUUUCCCACUAUCCUCCGACUACUCUGUUAUACAUUUACAUAUCUAACUCUGUAAUAAUUCCAUGUAUUUGAUGAGGGCCACCGGCCAUAUAUCAAUAAAUUUCUAUAUUCUUAUUA